AUGGAGAAAGAGUUUGAUUCCAAGCUUAGAAUAGAGAAAGAUCAUGGUGGUAUCAACAAUCAUCCUCAGAGAUCCAAGAGCUUUGCGUUUAGGGCGCCUCAAGAGAAUUUUAGCAUCAAAGACUUCGAAUUGGAGAAGAUUUAUGGAGUCGGUUCAUAUUCCAAGGUUGUGAGGGCAAAGAAAAAAGACACAGGAAAUGUUUAUGCCAUGAAGAUCAUGGAUAAAAAGUUCAUCACGAAAGAAAACAAAACUGCGUAUGUGAAAUUGGAGCGCAUCGUAUUGGACCAGUUAGAUCAUCCUGGUGUAGUGCGAUUGUUUUUCACUUUUCAAGAUACUUUCUCACUCUACAUGGCGCUUGAAUCGUGCGAUGGCGGAGAACUUUUUGAUCAAAUAACCAGGAAAGGCCGUUUGUCUGAGGAUGAGGCUCGUUUUUACGCAGCAGAAGUUGUGGAUGCUCUCGAAUAUAUACAUAGUAUGGGACUGAUACAUCGUGAUAUUAAGCCAGAGAAUCUGCUACUUACUACAGAUGGGCAUAUAAAGAUAGCUGAUUUUGGUAGUGUGAAGCCAAUGCAAGGCAGCCGAAUAACUGUCCUUCCCAAUGCAGCAUCAGAUGACAAGGCAUGCACUUUUGUGGGAACAGCCGCUUAUGUGCCUCCUGAAGUUCUGAAUUCCUCCCCAGCAACUUUUGGGAAUGACCUGUGGGCGCUUGGAUGUACAUUGUACCAAAUGCUUUCAGGGACUUCUCCUUUUAAAGAUGCUAGUGAAUGGCUAAUCUUCCAAAGAAUUAUUGCUAGAGAUAUCAGAUUUCCAAACUACUUUUCAACCGAAGCACGAGACCUGAUCGAUCAGUUAUUGGACAUAGAUCCGAGUAGGCGACCAGGGGCAGGACCUGGUGGCUAUGCUUCACUUAAAAACCAUCUUUUUUUCAAAGGGAUUGAUUGGACAAAUUUGAGGGAAGGAACUACCCCACCUAAACUUGCUUUGGAGCCAAGGGCUCAAUCCACUGGAGGUCAAGAGCAAGGCUCGUUUUCAGCAACAAGAACAAAUGAUGAUGGAAAUGCAUCGGCUUCUGAAGCUGGUAGCAUAACUAGGCUUGCUUCCAUUGAUUCUUUUGAUUCAAAAUGGAAACAAUUCUUGGAGCCCGGAGAAUCGGUGCUCAUGAUCUCCAAUGUGAAGAAAUUGCAGAAACUGACGAACAAGAAAGUGCAACUUAUCCUCACAAACAAACCAAAGUUAAUUUAUGUGGAUCCUGCAAAACUUGUGGUCAAAGGAAAUAUAAUAUGGUCCGAUAACCCUAACGAUCUCAGCAUUCAAGUCACAAGCCCUUCGAACUUCAAGAUUUGCACUCCGAAGAAGGUUAUGUCAUUUGAGGAUGCGAAACAAAGAGCAAUGCAAUGGAAAAAGGCAAUCGAGACCCUUCAAAACCGGUGA